AAAUCUCAUGCCUUUAUCGCCAAGUCAGCAGAUCAUCCAUACACCUUACUACUCGGCAUGGCGCCGCGACGGCGGUCCUGUGGACAUUACAUUUGCUCCGUCCGCGACCGAUGCCGAGUCUGAUAUGAGGCCGCCGAACACUACUCGCCAGAUCGACGAACACGGGGAAGUUAAUUACUAUGCAGCGGCAGACAACAGUAUAUUGGAAGACAGGAAGCUAUUGGCCAAUUGGAAGGAGAAGUUAGGGGAAGCACUGACGAGGGAUGUGGUGAAGGCGGCCGUUUUCCAACAAAAAGAUACAUGGACCGGAAAAAUCGAGAAUUCCACAAUCAGAGACUUUCCCGCGGGCUACGAGUUGUUCAUCCAUCGCAAGGGCGAUCACUAUAGCCCUAGGAUCGAUGCCUAUCUAUAUGAUGCGCAGAUGCAAGACACGGAGAGAUUUGUCCCCGAGAAUGGGUCACCAAGUAAACUACUCUCAAAACAGCAGAGAUCCUCUUUGUUUCCGUCCCCGGCAGCGACUGAAGCCGCAUUGAAUCUCUUGUCUGCCUUUGCUGUCACGAACACUCCAGGGUCCCUCAUGCGCGCGUUCCCAACUUACCCACAUACGGACAAUGCGAGCAAUUCUUUGCCACACGAUGCGGACGAGGAAAACGAGGACUCGUUCGUCGCACGAGAAUCUCAACGUAUCAAGAAUGCUAGGGAUUGCUGGGCAGUGUUGCGGGAAGACUUCGCGCAGCGUAAAUCUAACAUUUUUGCAUCACCGAGGAAGAGGCGGAGUGCACGAAUAGAAGCCCACGAGGAUAAGGAUGACAACGAGGAGCCACCAAGUGCCGUCGGGCAGCACGCCUGGCCCGUUCUGAGCUGGAUCGUGAAUGUGCUAGAGAAGGACGAGGCGCUUACAGUCGAAAGUGGCCAACCACAACAUUCUACUCUCCUGUUGUCCCAGAUACCACCUCCGCGGACAGGAAGUGGGGCUCGGUGGGACUUGAACGCUCCGCUAGACGCGGCGUUUUGUGCCAUCCAGCAAGUGAACCCGAAGUACAGGUCACUCGGUGCCCGCCUGCUGACCUUGCUCCUCAACCUCGCGGCGACCACGCACAUUGAUCUGCCAAUCUUCUUGAACUCUGUUGGCUCUCGUGUUUUCUCCUUACCGCCCGGCGACGUCACCCUGCUCCUCGGGGCAUUACCCUCCUCGAGGGAAGUACUCCAGUUAAAGCUAGCGCUCUACAAAAGCUAUCUCACAGACUUCGGUUCUGGUGCCAACGAUGACAGCUCCAGGCCAAAGCCGCACGCUAGGGCACAGCCCCGUCCUGUUGCCGCACGUCGGCGACAAGAUAGUCUUGCUGACGAGGGCCCAGUGACGAGAUCUCCCGCACUAGAAGCCCAUUCACGGUCCAUUGUGCGGAAGUAUCCUCGGACGUCUCCCUCAGAAGUCGUCGAACUCAUCAGGAAGUCGCCCUCAGACGUCUCCAUCAGGGUAGUAUCCCUGAGGGUUAAGGCCGACCUGGCCAUCACGUAUUGGACGCUACAAAAGCAAACAGCGGAUGCUGCGGAUGUGGAGUGGCUCAGUAUAUUCAAAACCGGCCAAGUUAAGGACGCAAUUGAAGCCGCGUUCGCUGCUGUGUCACAAAGUUCAGGGUGCGAAGAUGACCUGACUAUCCGCGAAACGAGGCUUAUGGUGGCCCUUGUCUCGGCCCUGUAA